UGAAACAAGUGCUUUCAUCAUGAACUCUUUCGCUCUCCUCGCUUUCGUCGGUCUCGUCGCUGCCGCCUCGGCCGGUCACCUCGGUCUUGGUCUUGGUCAUGGACACGGAGUCUCUCACGUGGCUCACGUUGCUCACGUAGCCGCCCCCAUCGUCGCCCCUGUCGUUGCUCCCGUCGCCGUCCACCACGGAUACGCUCAGUCGCACGCCUACUCCUCUGCCGUUAACCACGGUUCUAUUGUCGGAAAGGCCAUUGCUCCCAUCGGUGUCGCCUCCUACGGAAUCGGACACGGAUACGGACAUGGUCUCGGACUCGGACUCCACGGAGGCUACGGAUACGGACACAAACUCUGGUAAUUCAUCAGACUUUGAACUCCAAGGAAUGAAGCACGGCUUAAUAAAAUCUGUAUAAUUGAAAA